CUGAAGAUGAUUUGAUGCAUAAACUGUCUGCAGUCUCUAACCAUCUGAUCACAGUGUCGGGAUCUAAGGACGUUCAGACCAAGAUGAAAAACUUCCUGGUUUCUCACUUAACUCAGAUUGCCACCUACGCUACGAUCAUUGUGAUUUUCACGCACAAUGUUUUGUUUGACAGAGAUGUGGCCUGCACCUGCCAGGAUCAGAAAUUUCACUGCAAUUUAUACAUCAGUGUGCCGAUUUUUAUAAUAAUCCUUUUGUUACUUUGGAAGGACAAGGUCUUCAAUGGUACCUGCAGGGCGUACUGCUGUAUGACGACAAGGAGCGACAGUCAAGAAAGAUUUUGCCAUCUUAUUCUUAUUCAGAUAGGGAAGGCUUCUGUGAUCGGUCUGCUGUGGGUCGUCUCUGUAUUGUUUGAUGGAGAUUGGUACGCCUGCUGUCAUAACGGCCUGCAGGGAGAAGAGGCUCAGAUUCCUUGCAAGACAAACAGAACCCUUGCGGAGCAAGCCAAAGUUGAUAACCUGAAAAAUUGGUCAAAGGGUAUUGGCCUGGGCGCACUGCUGGUCCUCCUCUUCCUGGUUGUCUGCUUCUCUUUACUAAAGUGGUGCAAGUGCUGCAAGAAACGGUCAAGAUGCUCUAAGUAUUGUAAGAAUUGCUCAAAUUGCUCUGACAAGCGCAACAAAUGCUCAAGUUGCCGUGAGUUAAACAAGGAACACUUCAGUUGCUCUGACGUCUGCAAAGAAUGCUCUAAACACUGCCAGAAAUGCGCAGAUUGCUCCAAGUUUCGCAAGGAACCGUCAAAUUGCUCUGACUGUUGGAAGAAAUGCUCAAGUUGCUCUAGCCAGCGCAAGAAAUGCUCAAAUUGCUUUAACUGCUGCAAUGAAUGCUUAAGUUGCUCUGACUUCUGCGAGAAAUGCUCUAAAUUCUGCGAGAAAUGCUUAAAUUGCUCUGAGUUUCGCAAGAAAUGCUCAAGUUGUGUUGACUGUUGGAAGAAAUUCUCAAGCUGCUUUAACUGCUGCAAGGACUGCGUUUACAUUGAUGGAGAUGGACCCUAUGAGUUGAUCAUCAUACAAGAAGAAGAAAAUGUUGUGAAUCAGAUUUUGAAAGAAAGAGCCAAAGAAGCUCUGAAACAAAAGGUUCAAGAAAUAAUGAAUAAGAACAAGAGGUACAAAUAUAUUAACUACAGUGAUGCUGCCCAACAAAUUAUCGAUCAACUGUGGCUACAAGAAGAAAAGGGUCCUAGUGGAGACCAGAGCAAUGAUCCAUCAGCCGACCCGGUGAGCCAACACACAGACACCUCCAUGCAUGAAGUCCCUGUUUACUUGAACUAGACACCAGCAGGUUUCCUGAUGUGGAGGCAGAAACUGGAGUACCCAGAAAACCCCACAUGAGCAGAGCUCUGGGAUUUGAACCAUCAACCUUGUUGCUAUAGCAACAGCUGUAACAACAACGUCACCAUGAAGCCCAUCAACCAGUCCAGUUAAUCAGGACGGGUCAAUUUAUCCGACCGUCCUUACAGGUUAUUAUCUGAACUACUAAAUGUUGAUCUUCUCCUUAAAUUUGUAAAAUGUGAUGUUGAAUUAAAACAACUCUAGAAAUAUAGAUCUAGAUUGAUUCCUACAAAGCAGCAUAGAUCCAAAACCAACUUUUUGUUUUCUAUAUUUUGCAACAAUUGUGAGAGUGAAAGAGUGAAAUCCUGAAAAUCUGUUAAAGUGGGAUUUAGAGGACAUGUCCUAGUCAAAGACCACACCAAGGCUCCUCACAGUAACUCUAGCUGUAAAGUGAUAGUUAUGGAAACUUCUGGAUCCAUAAACAGAUUCAUGUUCCUGAUUUAAGGUCAACAGAAACAGCUGAUUGUUUUUAACUCUGAGAACCAGAAUAAUAUCAUUUAUCAUCUAUUUAUAUCUGACUGAGGAAAAACUCAGCAUCUGUUUGGUUUUCCGGUUUCUAUGAAGUUUCUUCUAAAAGAUUUAAUACGUUUCAGGUGGAGCAACUUUCAGAGGGUCAGAGGAUGAACAGCAGCUCAUAAACCCUCAGCAACAUGUUAAACUUUGGUUUUUGUUUUCCUGACACCAGAAAUCUAUUUACAUUUGGGAAACUUGGGUUCUGUGGUGUCAGGGGUUAAACACAGCCCACAUAUGGAGGUUUAGUCCUCCGCCGCAGGUUCGAUUCCCGGCCUGGUGACCUUUACUGCAGGCCUUCCCUUCUGUCAAUUAUCUAUCAAAUAAAGGCCACAACAGCCAAUGAAAUAAAAAUUAUAAGAAAAUAUCAGCAAAACAAAUAUUCUUUUAGAGUCAAAAAUAUAAAUUUCCAGGGUCUGACUGGAUGUCAUAUGAAAACAGAUUUUUAAAACAUGAAUAAUAUUUUACAUUUAGGUGAUGGUUUAUAUGUUUUAUUUCAUAUUAGUAUGUUAUAUAUUCUUUAAUUUUGCAGCAUAUAAGGGCAGAUAAAGUUAAAACCAGAUAAAAGACAUUAUAAAGACAUUAAAUCAAAUUAAACUUUCUGUUUUAGAUAAAUUAGGAUUAUUAAAAUGAUUUAUGUUUGUUAAAUAAUUGAAUAAUGAAAGAAAUUAUUGUUCAUCUGUCUUUUACAGCAGAUGUUGAGAUGCAGAAACAAGGUUUUGGUUUCUGACGUCAAUCUGUCCUGUGAGCUGAUUGGACUAAAAAUCGAUGGUUAGUCUGUCUAUGUUAUUCUGUCUGUUUUAGCAUUAGCAUUACUGUUAGCAUUAGCUUUAGCAUUAGUUUUAAGGACGGGGUUAUGACCCUUUAGUGGAUCUACUAUUUUCUUAAGUUUUGUUUGGGUUUUUCAGGCCACGUGUCCUAGUUAAAACCUGAAUACCAACUCUGUUGGCAUCGUUCAUUCGUGUGAUCCUGAAGGCUGCUCGGUCAGCUGAAGGGUGUUGAUGUUAACUGUCUGGAUCAUGUCAGGGUGACCUUUGACCUCCAGGUUACUGAAGAGUUUAUAAAUGAUUCUGCAGCAACUGGAGCUUU